CAGUCUUUAAGGUUCACAGUUCACACGCACGCAUGAUGGAAAUAGUAGAACCUCAUUCAUUUUUCCUCGUCGGUCGUCACCUUUUCUUCCUCCAACCUCAUUCAUUGAUUCCAAAUCCAGCUAGCUGCACAUUACAAGACAAACACAAAACAGAAAUCACAACCAAUUGCAUGCACCUGUUUCAGCAAGUAGUAGUAGUAGUAGUAUUGUUUUGACUUUUAUUUUGAGUCUUCACUUGCAUCAAUUCAAUCAACCAUCACAAUCAUUGAACCUUCAAAAACGCAGUAAUCACAACACAAACCUUGUCUCAAUUUUUCCACUCUUCAUUAUCUUCUUUCUUUCUUUCUUUGUUUCCUAUGUGCAAGACCAAAAUGGCGAUCAACGCCACAAGUCCCACCUCAACCCCACGAACACCAUCAACAACAUCAUCAACCGCACGUGCAAGUGCAACCUCCCUCACAUUCUCCGACCAAAACCCCUCCACCUCCUACGCCUCCACCUCCGCCUCCACCGGCUACCGUCUCUCCUCCUCCAACUCCAUCUCCACCAGCAGCCGCAACUCCCUCCCCACUCUCCGCGAAACCCUCCCGGAAAAUCCCCACAUCUACGACUUCUCCGAGAUCCGCGCCGCCACCAACAACUUCCUCUCCAAACGCCACUCCUCCUCCACCCCUUGCUGGCGCUGCACGCUCCGCGGCGCCGACGUCAUCGUCUUCCAACGCAAGCUCCGCCGCAAGAUCAACGACCUCCGUAGCCUCCUAUCCAUCAUCUGCCGCUGCCACCAUGUUAACAUCGUGAAGCUUCUCGGCGCGUCGAUCUCCGGUGACCAUGUCUACCUCGUUUACGACUUCGUCGCCGGUGGUAACCUCGCCGAUUGCCUCCGUAACGCGAGGAACGCGAACUUCACCGUGCUUUCUACCUGGAUGUCGAGAAUGCAGGUUGCGACGGAUCUCGCUCACGCGCUUGAUUACGUGCACAAUAAGAACGGUGUGAGCAUCGAUUUCGUCCAUAACCAUAUCAAGAGCAGCGCAAUCAUCGUUACCGAGCCUGAUUUCAACGCUAGGGUUUGCCAUUUCGGCGCCGCGCAGCUAUGCGGCGAGGUAGAGAACCAAUUCGCCACCGCCGGUGAGAAAUUGGGGGAGAUCGUGGAGGAAUCGCCGCCGGCGAGGCGGUCCGGGAGGCCUGAGGUACAGUUCUCGGGGGUGAGGGGGUAUAUGUCGCCGGAGUAUCAAACCACCGGCGUGGCGACGCAGGAGUCUGACGUGUACGCGUUUGGGGUGGUGUUGCUGGAGCUUCUCUCCGGGGAGGAGCCGUUGAAGUUCCGGUUUGAUGAGAAGACGCGUGAUUUUGUGAGGAUAUCGGUGGUUGAGACGGCGAGGGUGGCGGUUGAUGGCGGCGGCGGUGGCGGCGUGAGGAGGUGGGUGGAUAGGAGGUUGAAGGAUUCGUUUCCGAUUGAUAUUGCGGAUAAGUUGACACGUGUAGCGUUGGAUUGUGUACACGUGGAGGCAGAUAAGAGGCCGAACAUGAGUAGAGUGGCUGAUAAGGUUUCCACUCUUUAUUUAAAGUCGAAGAAUUGGUCUGAGAGUAUUAAGAUGCCUGAUAUGUCUGUUUCACUGGUUCCACGAUGAGUUCUAUUUCAUCAUCAUGGUGAUUUUUUUCUUCUUCAAUUUGUUUUUCCAACUUGACAUUGUAAGAGAAGAAAUACAGAGAUAGUAACAUUGAUGAUUUGAUUGAA